GCUUGUCAUCAUAAACGCCGGCCUCCGUCCGCUCCGACACCGGCGAUUCAAUGGCGGAGGUGACGGAAGCCUCAGCCUCAGAGAGGAAAACCGACGAAGAAGCAGCUUCUCCUCCUCCUUCUUCUGUUUCUUAUCCGAAUCCUUCUGGAGCUGAGAGUCCGAGCUCGAGCUCGAGCUCCACUCCACUGCCGCCGUCGGUGGCGAGGCUGUGGAGGCCGUCGGCUCAGCGCAACCUGAGAAACCAGUGGUCGAAAUUGGCCUCAUGCAGGCAGCAAUGGACGUUGUCUUCUUCCAGCGGGAGGUCUCAGGCCACUUCUCUAGUCAAUGCAUCUCUCUCUCAACGGUACAUGCCGUCAAUGGAGCUGGGUGUUCUGGAGGACAUGCCGGACAUUCGGAAGAAGGCUUGUCAAAAGCUGUUCAAGCAGCAGGAACUUCAUGGGAGUAAACUCGUAUCGUCUUAUCGGGAUAUGGUGGCUGCGGUGGUUAAUAUGAUUACUGCGAUGAGAUCGAUGAGAUGUUAUCUUAAGGGCGGAACCAGUAGUCCGCUUGUUAAGUUUUCUACUAUUUCCGAAGAAAAGAGUGAUACUGGAGACGGCGGUGGAAUACCAGUCUUCACGUUUUGGUCAAUUCCUUACUUUGAGAAGCUGGCGGAAGAGCUUGUGGAGAUGUUCAAAUCGGAACUAUGUUUGAAGAGACUGAUUGUAUUGGAGUUACUUUCUACGGGAUGUGAAGCACCUCAACUUGACCAUCUGAACUGGUCCAACGCGCUAUAUUCAGGAGAAUUCAAUGAUUUGGCUCUGUGCGGUCUUUAUUCUGCAGAAACCCACGAUCCACUGCCUCCAAGGUUGAAGGGUGGCAAAUGUGAUAUGCCUCCGGUAAAACGUAGCUCCCAGGCUAGUCAGGAGACUGUUCAGGUUUAUUUAACGGCUUGGCUUGCCGAAGUGAAUAUAGAUACACACAGGGUCCAUGAGAUAUUCGCCAUUGUGGGGGAGGAAAUUCAUUUCAACUUUUCUUAGAAGAGUUCAUCACUUCUCAUACAGUUGGUAAACAGUGUGGUCGAAAUGUUUCCAGUCGAAGAACAAGCGUCUCUCAACAGCACUUGCCCAUCAAAGUUUUCAGUGAAUAGAGCAUCGAAGGCGUUAACUGAUGGAGGAUUGAGCCAGCACUUGCCCGUCCAAUCUUUUGGCCAUUGCAGGCAGAUGAGACUGCCGUGAACCCAUCGAAAGGUCCACUUGUGUUAUUAUUAUUAUUAUUACUAUUCUUUUUUACUUUUUUAUUUAUCUUAAUACCGUAUAGCAAUUAAUAUGGCUUUCUUUUCCUACUUAUUUUGGCCACUACAUUUAUGAACGCUUGAUAUAAUACUAUUUUGCUUUAAUUUGCUC